AUGCUUAUACGAACAAUAAUUGAUUCAGUUCAAAUUAAUCUUCAUUUAACAGAUUUGCUAAAUGAUAAAGAAAGUGAUAUUAUAUUUCAACAUAAUUGUCUUUAUGCUGCUGCUUCAAAUGAAAAAGAAAAUAAUGUUUAUCAAAUAAUUUCAUAUUGUAUGAGUGAAUUACCAACACAAUGGAAUAUACAAGAAAAUAAUUUCGAUCACCUAUUUACUUUUGCAGAACUCUAUAAACAAAAUAUAACUAGUCAACAAUUAUAUAUUUGGUCAGCACCAAUCGAUAUUAUUGAACGUUAUCAAUUAUUUUUAAAUCAAUUACCAUUAUCAAUGGAAAUAUCAAUGUCAAAAGAAUUAUAUUAUAAUUGUACAUUACCAAGAUUCGGUCCAAUUUGUCAAUAUGAAUUUGAUUAUUAUAAAACACAAUAUUCAUCAUUAAAUGAGAUGAUUAAUAAUUUCUAUCAUGAACAUAAAUAUCAGCCAAAUACAUUAACAUGUUAUAUUCAUUUAAAAUGUAAUCGUGGUACUACUUCAGCUUGUCUUGAUUGGAGUGAAAUUUGUGAUGGAAAAAUAGAUUGUCUCAAUGGUGGACAUGAUGAAGAAUAUUGUUGGCAACUUGAAAUAAAUGAAUGUAAUAAAAAUGAAUAUCGAUGUGCUAACGGACAAUGUAUACCUUUAACAUUUUUUCGAGAUGAUCAUAUUAUACCUGAUUGUUUGGAUGGAUCUGAUGAAAUAUUAAACAAUUAUUAUCAACGUUCUUAUUAUAACAUUGCUGAGCCAACAAUUCAAUGUGAAGAUAUCAUAUGUAGAAUACACAAUCAUAUGUAUCAAACAUCAUUGACAAGUUCAUGUGUAAAAGAACGAACGUUAUUACUAUUGAAAGCUUUAUUCUCGAGCAAACCAAAUUUUGUACAUGAUAAUUGUUGGCAAGCAUUUAAAUGUCUGUUUAAUAUACCAAUGGAAGAUAAUUCGACUUGUCUUGAAUUUUGUCAAAAUAAAAAAUGUGAAAAUAUAAUACAAAAGACUUGUCCACAUAUAUUAAAUAUAGUAGAUAUUCCAAUUUUAUUCGAUCAUGUUCAUUUUAUUUAUACAAAAAAUGAUUUCAAUCCUCCCAAUAGUUGGAGAACUUUACUGCCAUAUAUAUGUUAUAAUGAUACGAGAUGUGAUAAAUUAUUUGAAAACAAUUUAUUGAUUUUCUUCAAUAAUACUAGAUGCAUUCGUCCCGAGUAUUAUAAUGAAAUGCAUUUAUCAGAAGAAAAAUCCUCGAUUUACACAUUUCUUAUGUCAACAUAUAAACGAUUUUGGAAAUGUAAUUAUAUCAUCGAUUAUGAUUUAACUUUGUGUAAUAGACCAAAUAUGUAUCUAUGUAUAAAUUCAUCUAAAUGUAUUUCAAUAUAUCGUCUUAAAGAUGGAAUUGGAGAUUGUUAUUUUAAUGGCGAUGAAAAAUUGAAUAUAUUCAAUGAAAUAUUUUCAUUCAAACAAUUACCUAAAUUUUUUAAAUGUACAAAGACAAAUAUUUCUAUUUCUUAUCAUCUUGUAGACAAUGGUAAAUGUGAUUGCAGUUCAAAUGACAACGAGUUUUGUGAAGAUGAAUAUCCAUCUUUAUAUUAUAUUCAAAAACAUAUAUCAUUUCAAACGAUCUGUGAUGGUUUUACUGAAUUAUUACCAAUAAUUAUCGAUGGUCAAAAUCAUACUGAUGAAACUGAAUGUGAACAAUGGUUUUGUAAUAAUAUAUAUACACAUUGUGAUGGAAUUUGGCAUUGUCUUGAUGGAGCAGAUGAAAUAAAUUGUGAUUCUUUACCAUUAAUAAAUUGUUCAUUAUCUCAUCAUAUAUGUGUAUCAUCUCUAACAAAUCAACUCAUGUGUUUACCUAUUGAUAAAGCUAAUGAUGGUAAUAUUGAUUGUCUUGGUGCUACCGAUGAACCAAAACUUUGUCGAUCUAUUGAAAAUAAAUUCAAAUUAGAAAAUUUUUACUGUCAUAAUGAUAAAUAUAAAUUAUGUAUCUCAUAUAAAAAUCUGUGUAAUAAUUACAAAGAUUGCGAAUAUGGAGAUGAUGAACAAGCUUGUGAUAUUACUCGAAACUUUACAACAUAUGAAGGUAUAUGUCAUGAAAAAUAUAGAUUAAUUCGUAGUAAUGUUGAAAACUUUCUUUGUACACGACUCGACGAGACUAACAAACAAUCGAUCGUAUAUUUCUCUCUAAAUCCUAUGGAAAACUCAAUAAAACAAACAACAACAAAUAUAAAUAAAAAUUUAAUUCUACCAAAGUCAACUAUGAUGGAAAAUAUUUAUAAUUAUAAACAACGUUGUCAUCGUGGUCUUGAUGUAAAAGUUUGGUUAGAUAAUACAAAAAAUUUAACAACAAGAACAUGUCUUUGUCCACCAAUUUAUUAUGGUAAUUUAUGUCAAUAUCAAAAUCAACGAGUUAGUCUUACUUUACAAUUUCAAACAUUAUCUGAUUCUUGGCAAAUACCAUUUGUUAUUAUUAUUUCACUUAUUGAUAAUAGUUAUCAAAGAAAAAUUCAUUCAUAUCAACAAUUAAAUUAUUUACCAAUGAAAAAUUGUCAAACAAAAUUUCAUAUCUAUUUACUUUAUUCAUAUCGUCCUAAAGAUCUUUCAAAAAAUUAUUCAAUACAUAUUGAUAUUUAUGAAAAGAUUUCAUUAACUUAUCGAGUAAGUUUUUUAGUACCAAUCAUGUUUCCUUUUUUACCUGUAAAUCGUCUUGCUCUUCAAUUUACGAUUCCAUAUAAAAAUCAUAUUGUUGAUAGUUGUUCAAAACAAAGAUGUUUUAAUGGACGAUGUAUUAAUUAUUUUGGUAAUCAUAAUAAUAUAACAUUUUGUCAAUGUUAUCCAGGAUGGUCUGGACAAUAUUGUACAAUUCGACAUCAUUGUAUGUGUUCUUCUGAUUCAUUAUGUUUUGGAAGUUCAUCUGAUAAUCGAUCAAUUUGUGUUUGUCCAAUUAAUAAAUUUGGUUCUCGAUGUAUGUUAAAUAAUCAAAUAUGUCAAUUAAAUGCAAAUCUUACAUGUCUUAAUGGUGGUCAAUGUAUAUCAUUUGAUCAAAAUUUAAUGUCAAUAAAUAAUUUCAAAUGUAUUUGUCCUAAAGGUUAUAGUGGAGAUCGAUGUGAAAUAAUUGAUAAUAAAAUAAUAUUAUCAUUUGAUAAAGAUAUAAUAUUACCUCAAAUAAUGUUAAUUCAUUUUAUUGAAAUAAUGAAUAAUAGUUCACCAAAACGAUCAACAACAUUUAAAACAUUACCUACAUAUCAUCAAUCACUUGUUAUUAAUUGGUCUCAUUCAUUUCAUAUUGUUUUAAUUGAAUUUUUAAAUAAAAUAUAUUAUUUAACUGUUUAUCAAAAAAAAUCUAAUCAAUCAAUAAUAAUUGUUAAAAAAAUUCAAUCAUCAGAUCGUUGUCAACAUAUAAAUGAAAUAUUUAAUGAUACAAUGGUUAAAUUACAUUUAUUAAGACGUAUUAAAUAUUAUCAUUUAGUAUGUCAAAGAAAUAUUUCUGAACCAUAUUGUUUUUAUGAUGAUAUUCAUAUUUGUCUCUGUGAUAAUUUUGGUCACGAACGACAAGCAAAUUGUUUUGAAUUUGAUCAUCAAAUGAAAUUUGAUUGUGUUAGUGAAAAUCGUUGUGAAAAUGGUGCUCAAUGUUAUCAAAAUAGUCCAACUUGUCCACAAACAACAAUAUGUGUUUGUCCAACAUGUUUUUAUGGUAGACAAUGUCAAUUUAGUACAAGUCGUUUUGGUUUUUCUCUCGAUCCUAUUUUAGGUUAUAAAAUUCAACCAUAUAUUUCUAUAAAAAAUCAACCAAUUAUUGUACAAGUUACAUUUAUAUUAACAAUAUUAAUGACUAUUCUAGGAUUUAUUAGUGGUAUAUUAUCAAUUAUUACAUUCAAAAAUCGAAAAUUACAUGAAGUUGGUUGUGGAAUUUAUUUAUUAAGUUCAUCAAUAUCUUCUUUAUUAACAAUGAUAAUGUUUGCUUUAAAAUUUUCAAUUUUACUUGGAGCACAAAUGGAAGGCAUUAUAAAUCGAUCAUUUCUUUAUUUUCAAUGUAUUACAAUUGAUUUUUUUCUACGUAUUAGUCUUAAUAUGGAUCAUUGGUUAAAUGCAUGUGUAGCUUCAGAACGUGCUAUCACUUCAAUUAGAGGAGCUCAAUUUAAUAAAAGAAAAAGUAAAAAAUUAGCUAAAUAUGUUAUUAUUAGUCUACUUAUAUUGAUGAUAAGUACAACUAUUCAUGAUCCUUUACAUCGACGUUUAAUUGAUGAUGUUGAUGAAUAUGGUGAAAAUAAACGUAUAUGGUGUAUUGUUAGUUAUUCAUCAAGUAUUGAAGUAUUCAAUUCAAUAAUUAAUGUAUUUCAUUUUUUUGUUCCAUUCUUUAUUAAUUUAAUCUCAACUAUUAUUAUUAUUAAAUCAAAAGCUCGACAAAAAGCAAUUAUUCAACCUGAACGUACACAUCGACAACAUUUGAAUAUUCAAUUUCAAAAAAAUAUUCAUUUAUUAAUUGCUCCUAUUCUAUUAGUUAUUCUUGCUCUUCCUCGUCUAAUUAUUUCUUUUGCAUCGGGUUGUAUGAAAUCAGUUCAUAACUCUUGGUUAUUUGUUACUGGAUAUUUUCUAUCAUUUAUUCCAUCGAUGUUAACAUUUAUUUUAUUUAUACUUCCAAAUAAAUCUUAUAAAGCACAAUUUGGAAAGACUCUGCAACAUUUUAAAAGGAAAGUACAAAUGUAUGUUCAGCCUAUUUCAUAA